CUUUUUCUUUUUUUCUCUCAACAGUUUACUUAUCUUUCACUUUUUUGGAUAAUGAAUAUACAAUAUCUAUUUUUCUUUUUCUUUUUUUUAUAUAUUGUAUAUGCUGAAAUACCUAUCAAACAAGUCAUAUUUCAAGAAAAAAGAACACCGAAGAAAAUAGCUAUCAUUGGUGGUGGUGCUGCAGGGUCGUCCACAGCAUUCUGGCUUAGCAAUACUGUAGGACAAUCAAUACCUAUUGAUAUGACAAUAUAUGAAAAAGAAGGUCGUAUUGGUGGAAGAAGUACAGUAGUACCAAUCAAAGAUACUCCUUCAUUAGGUCAUAUUGAACUAGGUGCUUCCAUUUUUGUACCUGUUAAUUAUAAUAUGAUGAAUGCUUCUGAAAAGUUUGGAUUUCCUUUGAAACGAUUGACAAUGGCAACAAAACUUGGUAUAUGGGAUGGACAAUCGUUUUUAUUUGAAGAAACAGGCAAUCAAUAUUGGGAUGCUAUGAAAAUGAUAUGGCGUUAUGGUUUGGCUCCUCUCAAAUUUCCUUCUUAUUUACAACCUAUUAUUGAUCGCUUCUUGACUAUUUAUCAUCAAGAUAAACCACCUUUUUCUACACUAUCUCAAAUAGUAGACCAAUUGAAUUUGACAGACUUGGUGAACAAAACGGCUUCUGAUCAUUUGACGUCUCUAUUUGGCUCAGCCUUUGUGAACGAAAUGAUACAAUCUGCUUCUCGUGGGAAUUAUGGUCAAGACGCAAAUAUUUUACAUGCUUUUGCUGCUUUGGUAUCCAUGUCAGCAGGUUCAGGCGCUUGGUCUUUGGAAGAUGGCAAUUAUCGUAUCUUUGAAGAAUUUAUUCAUAGAUCUCAUAAUACUCAACUUUUACUCAAUACCAAAGUCAUCUCUAUUGAUUCUGUUUAUGAAAUCGAUGAUCAUAAUAACAAAAUUCAACAAUACAAAAUUCAUACAAGUCUUUCUGAAGUGGAUGAUGAAUUAUAUGAUAUUGUCAUCCUAGCGUCACCUUUGCAUUUGGCCGAUAUUGAUAUCUCUUGUAUACAAUCUCCCAAAGAAUAUGAACGAGAAUAUCACACUGUCCAUGUAACUUUGAUUGCUGGAUACCCUGAUCCAACUUAUUUUGGUCGUACGGAAAAUGAUGUCCCCACUUCCAUCAUUACCACUGGAUUCCCUUUAGUGGACCAUUUUGAAAAUCAAACAUCACCCUUCACCACAUUUACAAGACAUAUGAUAUUGGACAAUGGCGAAAGUGUAGUCAAAAUGUUUUCCUCUAAAUCCAUUUCCGAUCAAGAUCUUACUUCUUUAUUUGUCAAUACAAGUUGGGUUUAUCGUCAUGCCUGGCAAGCCUUUCCCAAGUUAUUCCCCGUAGAUCAAGAAGAGUGGCCUUCGAUUAUUCUACAUGGAUUUGAUCAAUCAAAUACGAAUGGUGGUAUUUUUUAUGCGAAUGCCUUUGAAAGUGUGAUCUCGACUAUGGAAACUCAAACUCUGAUGGGACAAAAUAUUGCAAAACUGAUCUAUGAUCAUUGGUGUACCGAUUCUUUGAGAGAGACAUGCGUACCUUUUGGUGAUGGUUGGGGUACCCAUUAGUUUAGAUAGUGCAAUGGGUAUAGUAGUCUUCUUUUUUUUUGAAUAAAAUCUUCAAUUACUAUAUCAUGA